AUGAGUAAAUAGUCUAAAUUAUCAGAUUAUGAAUAAAAGUAUAAAGAAAUAGAAUUAAUAGGUAGAGGCACUUAGGGUUCUGCAAUGCUUGUAGAGUGUCGUUCAGAUAAAAAAAGGUAUGUAUCAAAGAAGGUUAUAUUAACUAAUCUAAGUGAGAAAGAUUAAAACAAUGCUAUCUAAGAACUUAAACUAUUGAGAGAAAUGAAGCACCCAAAUAUAGUUAAAUUUAUAGAAAGCUACAAAGAAAAAAAUAAAGUUAUCAUUAUUAUGGAAUAUUGUGAAUAUGGCGAUUUAUCGUAAUUAAUCAAAUAAAAAAGUGCAAAAGGAGAGUAAAUUGAAGAAAGCAUUAUCCUAUAAUGGUUUAUAUAAAUAUGUUCUGCUUUAAGCUUCAUCCAUAGCAAAAAAGUUAUUCAUAGGGAUAUUAAAUCAAGCAACAUUUUCUUAACAAAAAGUAAUUGUGUUAAAAUUGGUGAUUUUGGCAUUUCUAAGUAAUUAGAAAACUCAAUGGAUAAGGCAAAUACACUUGUUGGAACUCCUUAUUAUUUAUCACCAGAAGUUUGCUAAAAUAAACCUUAUACCUAUAAAUCAGAUAUGUGGUCACUCGGUUGUGUGAUUUAUGAGCUAUGCUCUUUGAAGCAUCCAUUUUAAUCCAACAGUUUGAUGAGCUUAGUUAUGAAGAUUGCAACAGAAAAAGCACCUAAAAUUCCAUAAAACUACUCACUUAUGACAAAUGGAUUUAUAAGGUCUUUACUAUAAAAAAUACCUGAGAAAAGGCCUUCUGCUUAAGAUAUUUUAAAUAACCAGAAUAUAAAAAAACUAAUGAAAGAAUUUGUCCAACAAAAAUAAGAAAUGGUGAAUGAUAUUUAAAAUAUGAAGCAAAUUUUGAUAUCUAAAGGAGCUUCUUAGGGAGAAAUUACAUUAAUGGAAAAGUAACUACAAGAAAAGAUAUAAAGAUAAUAAGAAUAGGUGAAGGCAUAAAUUUAGGCUUAAAGUUAGCUUAUGAGCAAUGAAUCUGCAAAAAAACAAUAACCUAACUAAUCAAAAAUUGUUAGUAAUCAAUCAAAGUAAUCUUAUGUAUAGUCUUAAUAUAUUAAGGAUGAAAGUGAAAAGAGAGAUUAACUUAGUAUCACUUAGUAGGAGAGAGAAAUAUAACAAUAACUAUCAAACUUAUAAUCUGAAGUAAUGAAAAGUUACUAAAGAUUAAGUACUCCUUAAAAUUCCUCUAAAAAAGAUAAGAGUUCACAAUGUUUUAAAGAUUCUGAUGCCACUAUAAAAAGUGAAAUGAUACAAACAUCUUCAAAUAAAAAAGGAAGAUAAAUGCAAGCAAUCUAAGAUGCAACUAAUUAUUCGGAUGGAGAAAAUACUAUUUAGUCAAUAGCAGUAUCUUAAUUUGAAAACACAAAUAAAAAGCAAAUUGUAUAAUCUAACAUUAGUAAUGUAAGCUGCUAGUAAAACAAAAAAGACUAAUUAGAAAGUACAGUAAAGUCUUUCAUUGCAGAAGAUUCAUAGGAAUACCAUUCAAGCAGUUUAGGAAAAUCUAAGCGUGAAUAAAACUAUUCAACUGAAAUAAAAAAUGAGAGCUAAAAUUCAGAGACUAAUUCAUCAUUUUAUACAAGCAGUGAAGGUGAAAGGGAAAGUGAUAGUGAUAACUAAAGUGAAAAAUUUACUCCUUCAAUGGCUCUAGACUUAGUUCAAAAUGAAUCGAUAUUACUCUCUAAGUUCUUGGUGAGUGACAAAAUUUUGGAUAGUUAACAAGAAAAUUAGAAACCAAUUUAGUAAAUUGAAAAUCAGAAGUAAGCUUUUUGUGAUAUUUAAGAAUACUCAACAGAAAAUCCUGUUAUUUUUGGAAGCAGAUAAAAUUAAAAUAAUGAUAAUCUUACUGAAACUAGUGUUUCUUUAAAUGUUUCUUUGACAUAAGAUUCUGUGUUUUUAAAAUCUAAGCUUGGAUUAACGGGUAAGACAUUUUUGUAAAACAACUUGGUUAAUUUAGCAAGUAAAACAGAUAAAGAUGAAGACCAAAAAUUUUAAUUAAAUAAAAACAACAUUAUAGUUAGCUAAGAAAAAAGCAAUGAUAAAUGUGAUGAUUUAUAUAAUAAUAACCUUUAGUUUAAAUUAGAAAAAAAUAGUAAUAGCUUAAAACAUAAUAGUUAAAAAUCAGAAGAUACUGAAGAGUACUAUGAAGACGAUUUUGAAGAGUAUGAAGAUGAUUUUGAAGAGUAUUAAGAGGAUGAAGAUGAUUAAAAUGGUUAAGAUAAAUCUAAAACUAGUUAAAAAUUUGAUUGCCAUUUUCUAUACGAAUCUGAUGAAGAAAAAUAUGAAGAUGACUAUGAUUAAUUAGAUGAUAUUCUAAGUAUUUACAAAGAUUAAUUAAAUAAUCAUUAAAAUGAUGACAAAAUGUCAGAAAGUCUCUACAAGUUUGACUUAACAGAAAUUAUUGAAGAAUCUUUAGAAAAUUCUGCAGCCUUUACAUAAAAAUCAUCAUAAAUAUAUGAGCUUUGA